AUGGAAAGCAGUUACAAUACUAUUAUCAGAUUAAAGGUAUUGAAGGCUUUGAAUAUAAAUCAAGAAUCAUCUUCAGAUUAUACUCAAGAAGAUAUUGCACAAAAUAUUAGAACAUUGAAAAUAAAACUCAGUUCACCUAUGACUGAUAUGAAUGUAAAUAUUUAUGGGACUCUUAAAAAAAAUAUUGAUGAAAAUUUAGAUAUCUCUGAACUCACUUGGAAAAAUCCAAUCACAAGUAUGGAAUCUCGAGAGAAUAUGAAGUGUGGAGUUCCUCGCUUAAUUUCUUCUAGGGUUGACGAGUUUAUAGAAAACUUUAACGAAAUAGAUAAUUUUGACCAUAUUAGAAAUAUUAUGCAUAAUAAAACAUGGAAAGAGGAUGAGUUUGAAUUAUUAAAAAUGGUGGAACGAAUACUUGGUGUAUUAUAA